AUGGCGCAGAUUGGCACUGGCCAGGCGGGCUUCGACUGCGGGGCAUACCUGCAGGUGGGGCUGUUCUUCAUGCAGAAGCCGGCCACGUGGUGGUGGCUGGCGGAGCAGCUCCUGCUGCAAGCCGUGGCCGCCGGCCGGCGCUGCAAGACCGACGGAGGCCGCAGGGAGGCCAUCGCCAGAUACGUCUACGGCAGCUUCCUGCUCGACCAGCUGGAGGACGCGCCGUCGGCGCACAAGCAGCUGGAGGCGGCGCGCAGGCUGUCGGCGGGGCGCGACUGGGUCUCGGAGCGCGACAUGGGCAUCGAGCUGGACAGCGUGUUCGCCGCGGCCUCGCUGCGCCUGCACGACGCCACCGUCGCGCUCAUCAAGCAGACGCGGCCCAACGACCCGCGCGGCGCCGUCCGCCUCAGCAAGGUGGCGGUGCGGCGCGUGAAGGGCCGCGGCUGGCGCCGGCAGGAGUGCGAGGCGCUGCUGGAGCUGGCGGUCAGCCUGGAGGUGUGGGGCGACCCGCGGGAGGCGCUGUCGGCGCUGCACCGCUACGCCUCUCUCGCCGGGCCCGCCCCGCCGCCCCCGCAGCCCGAGCGGCAGGCCAGCACCACUCGACCAGAGGUCGCCGAUGCAGAGGCGGACGCCGCCGGCCGCUGCACAGCCAGCCUCAUCGCCGCCAUCUGCCACCUCAGAUUAGGAAAUGCUAAACUGACGGAGACGUGGCUGGAGAGGUUUCUGGAAGACGCCACGAUGUACGGACUGGAUGAAAUGGUGGCGGCCGGCCACCGCUACAUUGGCGAGUUCUACCUCAGCCAGGACUACGCGACGGAGGCGGAGCAGCACCUGGUGCAGGCGUUCACGCUGUACUACGAGGAGGUGGCGAGCGGGGCGCACGACGCGGCCACGGUGGGCGCCCUGGAGCAGACGCGCCAGCUGGCCGGGAUCGCGACGGCGCAGGAGCACCUGCCCGAGCUGCAGGACACCAUCCUGGCGUGCACGGGGCACCGGCCGCCCGCGCUGGCGCUGCUGCUGCGCUGGCGCGACAUCCGCGCCCCCUUCUGGAGGCCCUUCCGCGUGCCCGCCGGCUCCAAGUUCCACAACCUGCACGGCGAGGGCGAGGGAGAGGACGGGAGCGGCGACGAAGAGCAGGGCGAGAGUCCCGAAGCGGCGGGGGGCGGCGAGCAGGGGGGCGGAGACGAGAACGAGACGCCGUCCACCGGGGACCAGGAGCAGCCCGGCGAUAUGGAGGUGAUGCAUGUUACUACUUCUCAGUUUUCUACGGAAAGUCUCACCAACGAAGACUAGAUGUCUACAAAACGGUCAUCAUGAAGUCGUUCAAGUCUCUGUAUUUUUUGCUGAUUUUGUGUUACAUUUAUGUCAACGAAA